GGAGCUCAGAGGAGACGCACGCUGAGAACAGGAGAAAGUUUGGGGUUUUUCUUUUAAGACGCUUGGGAUUCUUCUUCACUGUGACUUCGUUCCUUCAGAAGCAGCAGAUGAACACCGGGGACACUUCACAUGACCACCGUGACUGAACGGGAAUAAACGACAAGUGGAUGUUACACACCGGGUCCGGAGGCUGGAGAUUCUCUGUAUGCUCACUUUUACAUGUUCAUUUUAUUCCUCACACUUCUUCAUGUGCAGUCUGAACGCAUUGUAACCCGUCGGGAACGAGCAGGUCUGAUUCACAUGUCACAAGGUCGUUGAAGCUGUUGGGACCAGGAGAUGGACUUUCUCCGGCAUGUGUGCGGCUCUGGUGAAUGAUUGACAGCUCGGUCUCUGUGGACCUUUACGGACAAAACAAAACAAACCACACAAACUGGAUCUAACGCCAAGAGCCGCUUUAGUUUGAGUCAUUGAGAGGCUGGAGGAGGCAGAAGGACACUCUGGUGCUGAUCCAUCCAAGAAAGAAGAGUUCUGCUUCAGACUGAUCUGUUUCUAUUGUUUUCUUGUCUUACUGCUCUAUAUUAAUAACUCUAAAACAUGUUCUAUGAAGCAUCUAAUGUGUUCCCACGGCUCCUGGUGCUGCUGCUGCUGUCCCGGUGUCCUGGUCUCACGUUGGGAGCCUCCAAGGAUCUGGUGUGUGAGCCCAUAACUGUGCCCAUGUGCAGGGGCAUCGGCUACAACCUGACCUACAUGCCCAACCAGUUCAACCACGACACCCAGGAGGAGGUGGGGCUGGAGGUGCACCAGUUCUGGCCCCUGGUCCGGAUCCGCUGCUCCCCGGACCUGCUCUUCUUCCUGUGCAGCAUGUACACUCCGAUCUGCCUGCCGGACUACCGCAAGCCGCUGCCCCCCUGCCGGUCCGUGUGCGAACGGGCCAAGCGGGGCUGCUCCCCUCUGAUGAGCCAGUACGGCUUCGAGUGGCCCGAGAGGAUGAGCUGUGAACAGCUGCCCCAGCUGGGGGACGAGACCCUGUGCAUGGACCAGAACAGCAGCGAGGCCACCACGCCGGCUCCACCGUUCCCCAAACCCACCCCGAAAGGCCAGACCAGACCACCCAGCCCCCCGCAAUGUGAUAGGGAGUGCCGCUGUCGAGACCCCCUGGUCCCCAUCAAGAGGGAGUCCCACACUCUGUACGGCCAGGUCCAGACCGGCCCCCUCCCCAACUGCGCCCAGCCCUGCCACCAGCCCUACUUCUCAGCCGAUGAACGCGCCUUCACCACCUUCUGGGUGGGACUGUGGUCGGUGCUGUGCUUCAUCUCCACCUUCACCACCGUCGCCACCUUCCUCAUUGACAUGGAACGCUUCAAGUACCCGGAGAGGCCCAUCAUCUUCCUGGCUGCCUGCUACCUCUUCGUGUCUUUGGGUUACAUCAUCCGCCUGGUGGCGGGUCACGAGCGUGUGGCGUGCGGCUCCAACAGCAGCGUCGGUGGCGACCAGCUGCACAUUCUCUACGACACCACAGGCCCCGCCCUCUGCACCCUCGUCUUCCUGCUGGUGUAUUUCUUUGGCAUGGCCAGCUCCAUCUGGUGGGUGGUGCUGUCCUUCACCUGGUUCCUGGCUGCGGGGAUGAAGUGGGGCAGCGAGGCCAUCGCCGGGUACUCCCAGUACUUCCACCUCGCCGCCUGGCUCAUCCCCAGCGUCAAGACCAUCGCUGUACUGGCCCUCAGCUCAGUAGACGGGGACCCCGUGGCUGGAAUCUGCUACGUGGGGAACCAGAGUCUGGAGAACCUGAGGGGAUUUGUUCUGGCACCUCUCGUGGUUUACCUCUUCACCGGCUCGCUUUUCUUACUCGCCGGCUUUGUUUCGCUCUUCCGCAUCAGGAGCAUCAUCAAGCAAGGUGGCACCAAGACGGACAAACUGGAGCGGCUGAUGAUCCGCAUCGGGCUCUUCACAGUGCUGUACACCGUCCCGGCCACCAUUGUGGUGGCUUGCCUGGUCUACGAGCAGCACUACCGGCCCGGCUGGGAGCGAGCCCUGGCGUGCUCCUGCCCCUCGGAGCGCCAGCGCUUGGGCGUGGGCCCGGACUACGCCGUCUUCAUGCUCAAGUACUUAAUGUGCUUGGUGGUUGGGAUCACCUCAGGGGUCUGGAUUUGGUCAGGAAAAACCCUAGAGUCCUGGAGGAGGUUCGUGGCUCGAUGCUGCCCCUGCUGGCCGCAGAAAGCCACCGCUCCACCCUCCAUGUACAGUGAGGCCAGCACUGCUUUAACUGGACAUACUGGGACCGGGCUGACGUUGGGGAUCUACCAUAAAGCUGCUCCGUCGCAUAUAUGAACUGACGGUUAAGAGUUCCCUAAACUUAAGUUUCCAAACAUUGAGGACGAGAGCACGGACAAACAUUUGCAGGACUGCAUUGCUCUGAAUUUUAGCUCUCACAAAAAAUAAACGAUUGUGGCAAUUUUAAAACACGACCAGCGUGACAAGGGAAACAUUUAAUCAGACAACCUCGGUAAUUUAAACAAGACAGAAUAUUUUAAAGAGUCUGACUAUUGAGAAAAGUGACUCAAACAAGCAGUCGUGCUGAUGCGGCUGACCAAACUGGACAAAAAGAACAAUCGUCAAACCUAACAGUUACAUGGAUCCAUGAUGGAACCACACACGCUUCUUCCUAUCUGCUUAUCCUGAGCACCGAGAGAAAAAAAACAUAUUUAUUUAUGUAUAUAUUGUAUAAAGUUGCUGUAAAAAAAAAAAAGGUGUAUAAUGUGAUAUGUCCAGGUUGUGCCACAGGCUAAGUGUAAGACACAGAGAAACCACUGACUGAUUUGUUGUAUGAACUUAAAUGUGCUGUUUCAUGUCAGUGUUUGACAGUGAUAUCUGUUUGUUUUAUAUGAUGUCAAACUGACACAGUGCCUAAACGCCAUCUUUGUUUAGGUUUUUUUCAGACUUGGGGAAUCAAACAAAAAAAGAAAUCCAGUAUUUAUAACGCAUACCGUUAUGACCUGUGAGCUCUGUUGUUGGUUCGGUUCUGAACUAGUGAUGUUCAUGUUGUGUGAACUAACAGGCAGGGAUCAGGUUAAAGCUGCGGGAUGAAACUGAACUUGGCCUCUACCCCCAUCUGCUGGUCGACAGUGGAGGUGCCCUCUUAAUGCUCUCCACAAAUCUGCUAUUGGAAUAGUUAUUUAUUCUCAAUUUUUAUUUCUGUUUCGACAAUACUGCUGUUGACUCACCAAUACCAACUAAAGGAACUCUAAAAUGUCACUGGACCUCACUUUGUCAACCAUUACUCAUGCCAUGGACUCGGAACAGACAGAUUUUUGCGUUCACAGACAGAUCGACUAUUUUUAUUAGUCAAUAAAUGUAUUAGAAGAUCGACAGAAAACUAACCAGCAACAUAUGAAAUAAUCUACUAAUUAUUAAUGUCAUGUAAAGUAAAAAUGCCCAAAAAUAAUUGUUUCAGCUCUUCAAACGCAAAAAAUUGCUUUUUCCUCGUUUUUAUUAAUUCUGUUAACUGAAUAUCUUUGCCCUGUUGGUUGGAGGACAAAAGCAAUUUGAGGACAUCCCCUUGGUGACAGGCAUUUCCAUAAGCAAUACAAAAAAAUCUAAUGUAUUAUUUCUAUUUUUAUUGGUACAACUUAAAUGUUAGUGACUUUUAAACCAGGUUAAUAUAUUCCUCAAUUUGUUAGAAACAGUGCAGACAUUUCUGGUAAAAUAAUUCAUUUCUGAAAAGUUUUAAUUGAUUAUUAUUUUAAAUUUAAAAGGGAAGAAAGGCAAAACAUUUUAUAUUCAAUUUUUAAGGGUUGGUUUGAGAAAAAAUAUCAGUUUUCAAAGUGGACCUUGAUCAUUUGUCAUUGUUUUGAUAACUUUUAGCAUCAACGAGCACUUUUGGAAGAUGCUGCUUUUCAUCACAAUCGACUCUAUUCACAGUCUUUACUUCUAUCUAUGACGUAAAUCUGUCCAGCGUUGUAUGUAACAACAUUCUGCAGAACUAAAUCAAAGCGGGAUCUGUGGUUGAAUGUGGACGAUCUGUUUUCAGGAGCACUGACGACAUAAACUGAAGGAACCUCGUGUCUCCUCUCAGAGGUCACAUUUAUUGGUUCUCUUCUGAGAUCAAGAGUACAAAAUAUCUGUUUUUGGAAAAAAAAAUCCACAAAAAGAAAAGUUGUUUCAGAGUACAGUGCAAAAAGUCCCAACAUCCGAAGACACAGGGCGUAUUUAAACGUCUGACAUUUGGUAGAAAUGAAGCAUUUGUUGUUGGUGAUGUUUUCAUUCAAUGCUGUUGGCCAAUUGUGUUUGUUUAAGCUACUGCGUGUCUACGUGCUAGAUGAUAUCUCUAAUUUAUUAGGCUGAUUUGUGGGAGUGUAUGUGAUUGUACGAGUGAUUACGAAUGCCGGUAAGUGAUGGUAAAACGGACGUUUAGCUUUUUAUUUUUGUCUAUGUGUAAAUCUGCUCUCAUGUUGAUAGAGGUCCUGAAAGGAUAUGAAAACAUAUUGUAGAUUUAGAUUCAUAUUGUGGAAUUAAAACUGAGUUGAUCUCGAGUUUGAAGCACCUCUAUUUGUUUAUGUAUAUUUGGCCUAACAUGUUGUUUUCUACAGAGAUUACAAGUUUUUGUGUUCUAAUUUUAAGUGUGCAGGAAUGCGGGUGUGAGGACCAGUCGGUCACUGUAU